AAAGAAAAAACGAAACAAGAACCACCUGGACAAGCAAGCGCCAUCGCUCGUCGCAAACGCGCCCUAGCGCGUCGUCAGUCGUAUCCAAGAUGGCUUCAGGCAGCGUCAACCCGGAGCUGGUACGCGAACGAGCGGCCGCUAGUUUUAAUAUUCGCGAAUUGACACACCUCCUGGACGGUGGCAGCGAAAAGACUGAACGCAGGAAAGAACUAGAGAAACUCUUCCAUGAGGACCCAGAGUUCAGGACCGAUGUUCCACAGUGCUACCUUACCUACUCAGAAGCAUAUGCAGAUGCACUGCAAAAAUGUCUCAAGAUUUACCAAAAGGCUAUGGUGCUCUCUGAUCCAAGGGAAAUCUUGACUGUUGCUGAUGCAAUUCUGCAUGACUCAACUCCCGUGCAUGUGCAUUUUGUCAUGUUUGUUCCGGCUCUUAUGGGUCAUGCAAACGAGGAGCAGCAGGCGAAGUGGCUCUCCGAUGCCCUCACUAUGAAAAUCAUCGGGUCCUAUGCACAGACUGAACUUGGUCAUGGAACAUUCAUUCGUGGGCUGGAAACACGGGCCACCUAUGACCCCGAACGAGAGGAGUUUGUCCUGCACACACCGAACCUGUCCUCCAUAAAAUGGUGGCCUGGAAGCUUGGGCAAGACUGCAAACCAUGCAAUCGUGCUCGCCCAGCUGUACACCAAGGGCAAGUGCUAUGGCAUUCACCCGUUCAUGGUGCAGAUCCGAAGCAUGGAUGACCACACUCCACUUCCAGGUAUCACAGUGGGCGAAAUUGGACCAAAGAUGGGCAUGAGGGCUGCUGACAAUGGUUUUCUGAAAUUGGACAAUGUUCGUAUUCCAAGGGAAAACAUGCUGAUGAAAAAUGCCCAGGUAACAAGAGAAGGUGACUAUGUCAAGCCUGCGAGCGACAAGCUCAAUUACGGCACCAUGGUGUUCGUGCGAGUGCUUCUUUUGGACAUGUUUGCCUUCAACAUUGCUCGGGCAUGUACAAUUGCUGUCCGAUACAGCGCAGUGCGCAGGCAGUCUGAAAUUACUCCGGGCCAGGGCGAAUGCCAGAUCCUGGACUAUCAGGCACAGCAAUACAAGCUGUUCCCUCUGUUGGGCCUGUGCCACGCCCUCCGUGGCAUGUUUGCCAACCUCAUGGAGCUUUACAAGCAGGCCAACCAAGACCUUGAGCAGGGAAACCUGCAGGCAUUGCCUGAGCUGCACGCCAUCUCAUCUGGCCUGAAGGCCUUUUGCUCAGAAAUGGCAGCUAAGGGCAUUGAGACUUGUCGUCUGGCCUGUGGUGGACAUGGGUUCCUCCUCAUUAGUGGCCUCCCUAGACUUUACGCAACCACAGUGGCUGCCUGCACGUACGAAGGGGAGAACACUGUCAUGUAUCUCCAGGCUGCGAGGUACCUGCUGAAGUGCUUGGCCCAGCCCCACCUGGUUUCGAACAGAUCAGCCUUCCACUUUCUGCUCGAGCCCAGCACACUGAAUGUGGCUCCUUUCAAUGCCAAGCUGAAAGGGCAGGCAGCUGUCAGGCAGCUCAUACCAUUCUACCGAGCAGCUGCAUAUAAGCAUGUUCACCGGGCUCAUAACAAAGUGAGGAGCCUGGUGAGCACAGGACUUACCCAGGAGGUAGCGUGGAACCAGAGCCAGGUUGACCUAAUCAUCGCAUCCAGGGCCACCAUCUACUACUACAUGGGCCUGAACUACCUCGACUGGCUGGAGCAUGCCGCCAUAUCUGAGCAGCUCAGGGACGUCCUGAUGAGGGUGUGCCAUCUAUACCUGCUGCAUGGCAUCUACGAGCAGCCAGGCCUCUUCCUUGUGGCUGGCCUGAAGGAAGGGAACCUGGAGGAGAUGUCUGGCAUCAUCACAGAACUGCUGAAGAGCCUGCGGCCUGAUGCUGUUGCCCUGGUGGAUGCCUUUGACCACCACGACAUGGUGUUGUGCAGUGCACUCGGCUCCUAUGACGGCCGGGUGUACGAGCGCAUGUACGAGAGUGCCCUCAAGGCUCCUCUCAACAAGACCCAGGUGCACGAGUCUUACCACCAAUUCCUGGGCCCUCUUAUGAAGUCAAGCCUUUGAAGAGGACUGCUCACCUUGCAAAGCGCUUUUCUCUUCCAUUCCCAUUUCUCUUGUACAUUAUGUGCAGAUCCUUCACAGUUUUAACCUAUCAGUCACAUGUUUUGUGACAACUCCUUGGUUCGGUUGCUGUACGCUUUUAGUAUUUUAUCUCCUUAAUGAUAUGCACAUUUUUUCUUACAGCAAAGCACAUUCUCAUUCUUAGUUUAUGUCGAUGGAUCGUUGCCUUUCAUAAACAUGUACAGAAAUGUACUGUUGACUAAAAUUAUUUGUCAUCGAUAGUAUUAGCGGGAAAGCCGAGCUUCCUUGCACUCAGUGCAAGUGUUACUGAACUGGAAGGUGCAGUCUCCACUUGGUGCUUGCGUACAAUCAAGACAAGUGUGUGCCGAAGCUUGCAAAGGAGCAAUUUUCUUCACUGCUUACACAUUGUGUAAGCUUUUGCAGUGGCUGGAUGCAUGUGCAUACAAGGUGACAGAUUAAGUUCUACCUGAUUUAAGAUGUAGUGUAGAGACAGGAAGAAGUUCAGUGCUCAUUACUUUGCAUCAAUUGAAUAGCAUUUGCUUAACUUGUUAUGCACGUACAGCUAUGCUGCGAACUUGACAUCGUGAUUUCAACCAGCUGGGCAAAGCUCACAGGAAUUUGAAAUCAUGCUGGCAAAGUUUAUGAUGCGCACUUGCACCUAAGUAUACCAGAAGCACCGCACGUCUUGUGCUGAAACACAAUGCUGUGUACAGCCCAUCUAGGGCUAGCUUUGCUGUCGAGUGCCAUUCUCUAGCUGGGUACAAACCCAGGUUGUUUGUGCACAGGAACCGUUCAGGAGAGAGACUGACUAACCACAGUUGCAAGGAAGGUCGCAUUUGAACUUGCAAAGAAAGAAAUCGACAUUAAAAAGCUCUAACGAUAGAUUUACUUUCCGAUAUCACUGUAUGAACCUAUAAAACUGUGAUGCCGACAACAAACGCGAGUACUGCUUUCUCAAAACGUCAUAGUUGGUUGACAUUGCACGUGGUUACCCGUAGUGUUAGAUUAACGCUGCUUUCAUGAAGGUCUGUAUAGGGAAGAUGAAUUGAAGCUGAAGAUUGUCAGUAAGGUUCAGCUCCUGCAUAAGAAUCCGCAGCCCAUGUCAUAAGCAGCUUUUGCAAACGAUCACGUUGUCUUACGUAAUUAUGAUGGCCACCACAACACCUUGUAUGCAUGUGCAUUCAUACUUUUGCCCCUGGGUAUUGUGAUAAAUGCUUUUGAUUGUUCAAAGCCUAUACCUCUGGUCUUUGUUCACGCACAUUUUUGUUUCCUAGCCGCUCUUGUUACUGUGCUAUAAACAAUCUUAGGACAACUCUUUUUUUAAUGGAACAAAGUACCAGCAUAUGCAGAAUGUGCUAGCAACAGAACAAAUGGUGAAUUUUGUACAAUCAUUGAUGAGUGAAGUGCGAUAAUGUCAUGUUGCAGCCUUAUGUACAUGUCGUAAAUACACUAGGAACUUUUCACUCAUGCUUAGAUUUAAGAUGAGGGGCACAUGGACACGUUUGGCAACUCGCAAGUUUUUGAACACUCCUAAGGCACACGCAGCCUGUCGGCAGGAUCAAUGUAAUUCCCCACGGAAUGAUAUCUGUUGCUAGGCGCUGUUUCAGGGCAUCUCUGUUCACAUGAUCAAGCUCAGGAGAGUUAGGAGUGCUGCUUUUGUGGACGAUUUGGUGCUUUACAAUGAAAAAAUCCUUACAGGGGCACCAUAUGGCCUAUGAGGAAGCAUUUUGCUCUUACCCUCCUAGUUCAAGUACCAGUGACACAAAAAUGCAUCAUUCACUGGCCAGUCGCUGAACUGAUUUGAAUAAAAUUUCUUGUACUUGAAGGUGAAAGUCAAACUUAAGUGAAUACUGGGAUUCUAUAUUUUUUGCUAUGAAAACUGAAAAAUAUUAAAGCAUCACAUUGGCAACCCUGAAAUGGAAUCGGAUUCUAGAUCCAUAAAUAGCAUGUGACGGUGCUCGUAAGAGGACAAAUUUACCAUGUUAAAUUAAAAUGGUAAAUUCAAUGCAUAAACUACAUAAACGGUGCUUCACAUUAACUGUAAAUUACAGUAAAUGUGAAGCACUGUUUAUGAUGGUACUGUCGACUAGUAUCAUGGGGAACAUGUAAAUGUUGUCAGCUUUCUAUUACUCUGUAAGUUGCUGUUUACGUAACUAUUCCAUCUGUUUUUGUUGUAAAGCUAUGGUGUUAACGCUGUGUUUCAAAGUUCAUUUGGGUCGAUUUAAGAAGGGUUCGAGUACAAGGUACACAUGUCAGUCUUCGGAAUUGGUUUUCCUUUUAAAUUUAAAUAAAUUUCAUUCAAACCAUUCGACGGAUUGGCUAAAAAGAGCAUGCAGAAGUUUCAGGCAUUUGAAUAGCGAAGGCAAGAGCUAAAGCUUCCUCUUACCACAGACUGUGUAGAAUGCGCUGAAGGUAACACACUCGCAUCAUUGCGCAUCAUUGCAUAUCAUUUGCUACCAAGUAUGCAUCCAUAGCAAUAACAUGUUGCCCAAAUGGCAUGGCCAUUCAUGCUAGCUGCCACACAUGCAAGGUGUGUCCUCUUGACAGCUUUUAUACUGAGCAAUGUUUUUGUGACAUGCAACACAUUCCUGGAGCUUCUCAUAACAUGUUUUUAUAACAAGUGCAAUUUUUAAGGUUUGUGAUACUGUACUACAUAAUACAAAAUAAAAUGGGUAUUUUACACACCA